GAAGAGCGAGCGUACUAUUGUUCAUCAGAAGCUGCACACUUCAGUGAGGACAACACAUCAGAGAGACUCAGGGACCGAACAUGCAAUCAUCCGACAGAAAGGAAUCCAACGGUGUUAUGGGGGACUUGUCUGAGGCCUUGAAAGAAGCAACAAAGGAUGUCCAUCAGCAAGCAGAAAACACAGAGUUCAUGAUGAAUUUUCAGAAAGGACAGGUCACAUUACAUGAGUUCAAGCUUGUCAUGUCAUCCUUAUACUAUGUGUAUGAAGCCCUGGAAGAAGAGAUUGAACACAACAAAGAAAAUCCAGUAUUUUCCCCACUGUAUUUCCCUCUGGAACUCCAUCGCAAAAGUGCUUUGGAAGAAGAUCUUGAAUACUUCUAUGGACCACAGUGGCGAAAAAAGAUCAAUUUCCCACAGUCCACUAAAAGUUAUGUGGAGAGGCUUCAUCAUAUCGGUCGUAAGGAACCAGAGUUGCUGUUGGCUCAUGCAUACACAAGAUAUUUAGGAGACCUUUCAGGUGGUCAAGUUCUCAAAAAGAUUGCUCAGAAAGCACUUCAGCUACCAGCCACUGGGGAAGGACUGGCCUUUUUCACCUUUCAACAUGUUACCAACGCAACAAAGUUCAAACAGCUUUAUCGCUCCAGAAUGAACUCUAUAGAUUUCGACAGUGCUACAAAAAAAAGAAUCUUAGAAGAAGCAAAGACAGCAUUUUUGCUUAAUGUAAAGGUUUUUGAAGAACUGCAAACAUUAUCAACAAGACAGAAUGACAAUGUAACAGAUGAUGCUUCAAGAUUAAGAAACAGAAUACCCAAAUCAAUAAAAGCAGGAGACUCCAACUUCAGGAUCCAUACCUCUGAGCAGACAACAUUCUUCAAUCAGUUUCCAAGAUGGGUUGCCAUUGGUGGAUGUGUUCUCUUGGCCAUCAUGGGACUUUACAUUUUAUAAAAAAAAAAUUGUAAAAAUUAUUAUAAUGAAAAACUCUUGGCAAAUCUGAAUGUAACAACUGCUUUUUCUGCAAAGAAGACAAACUUUUAGAUGAUUUGUGUUAUGAUUGUUACACCAAAAUGCACAUAAUCGUGUUAUUUGAUUGCUUUACCUAAAUAGAAAUCUGUCAUGCCUUCUUAUAUCACUACUAAAAAGCAAUGAUACAUUUUGCCUUUAUCAUUCCAUUAUUUAUUCAAUACAAUAUUUGAAGCUUUCCAGCAGGUCAUCUUUCAUUCUGUAACAUGAUUGGUUAGGCUUUCAUGUACUCCCAUUAGGAAGACAUGAAAUAUAAAUGUGCAU